CCGAAACCCAAGGGCGGGGGACAGGAAGAGAUCCAAAGCAGCCGCCCAAACCCUAGGGUCUCGCUCUCACAGUUCAAGCGUACCAAAUGGAGCACAAAAUUUUUCUUUUCGAGAUUGUGGAGCACGAAAUUUCCCCAGCGAAGAUAUGCAAAUCUGUUGCAGAUGAAGAUAUAAUCACCAACCUACCGGACGCUCUCAAAGACAAAAUCCUGUGCUGCUUGCCAAUAAAAGAAGCUGUUCGAACUUGCCUCUUGUCAAGGAACUGGAGGUACACAUGGGCUUCAAUGACCGAACUGGUGUUCAGGAGAUCUGAUUUUGCUUCAGGAAAUGGCAAUGCAAAAUAUGAUGCAUGCAAGUUUCUUAAGUUCACUGAUAUGUUUCUCUCCCUGCACAAUGGCCCAAUUCUGAAGUUUGGACUGAAUACUGGGAUUGAAAUGCUAUCCACUGGAGGACACAUUUACCGCUGGAUGCUUAUGUUAUCAAGAAAUGGAAUUAAGGAAAUUCAUCUUAUGACAAGUACAUUUGACCGUUACAAGAUCCCAUCUUGCUUUUUCUUCUGUGAUAGACUAGAACAUGUGUACCUGCGAGCUUGUAUCUUAACUAGUUCACAGUUGCCACUAUCUAAAGGCUUCAAACAAUUGAGUACUCUCCAUCUAGAACAUAUCUCUGUGCAAGGAAACAGUAUAGGGGAUUUAGUUGCGAGUUGCCCGAAUUUGGAGAAACUUCACCUUGCUAAGUUGAUCAGCAUGCACCAUAUCUAUAUUCAUUCAACAAAGCUCAAGAUACUAACAAUUGAAGGCCAGUUUCAACACCUGAAUCUGCAUACGCCCUAUCUUACUUCUGCAACCAUCAAACUGAAACUGCAAUCUGAGUUAAAUGAUGCUUCGACGGCCAGAUGCAACUUCAAUCUUUCUGAGUUUAUUGGUUCUCUUUCAGAUGCUGAGACCAUUAUACUUCAUGGGCCGAUCUUGGAGUGUGUAGACCAUGAAUUCUUGAUUCUGAAGACGACAGGACUAUUCAACCGGCUGACAUAUAUAAGCCUGGAGAUCAACCUUGGUAAUCUGAAGGAGGCAAAUCUUGCUCUCUGCUUAUUUCAGCAUGCCCCCAACCUCACAUGUAUCGAUCUAAUGCUCAUUCCCAGGAAUCUCAUGGUAACCCCAGUGCGUUUCUGGGAAUCGAUAGAUCGUCAUGUAUGUCUCUUCCAGAAGGUUCAUACAGUUGGUAUGACCAACUUUACUGGCUCCUUCGCAGAGCUAGGCUUCUUGAAGCUUUUACUUGAAGAUGCACCGGUGCUAAGAAAAGUGAUAAUAAGUGACAAGGGAUUGGACAGAGGUGUCUUCCAGAAUCUCCUAAAGAUGAGAAGAACAUCAAAGGAGGCAGAAAUAGUGAUUGUCUGAGGCUUGUUUCCCCCACCCCGAAAAGGUCAAUUCUGCGACCCCUGAAUUAUUUAUCUGUACUGUGUUUCUAUGGAUAGGAGCAGGUCCAAUAUCUGAAAGAACAAGUCCAAUAUCUGAAAGCACAGGUCUAGACCACUUAACGGCACCAAACUCGUGCUUGGAACUU